CACUGCGCACGCCGGCUGCACUGGGUCUCGCGGCUCGGUGCGCGGUAGCGGAGAGCGAGGCCUGCUGAGCGCCGCCGCGGUGCGCUCCGCCUGGUCAAGGUUGUGCGGGAAGAGGCGCAGCGGGCGGGCGAGGAGCGCGCGUCUCACCCUCGCAGUGGCACCGGGACCGGUCGCCUGGAGGAGCCGAAAUCAUGACCACGCCAGGAAAGGAGAACUUUCGCCUGAAAAGUUACAAGAACAAAUCUCUGAAUCCAGAUGAGAUGCGCAGGAGGAGGGAGGAAGAGGGCCUGCAGUUACGGAAGCAGAAGAGAGAGGAGCAAUUAUUCAAGAGAAGAAAUGUCGCUACAGCAGAAGAAGAAACCGAAGAAGAAGUUAUGUCAGAUGGCGGCUUUCAUGAGGCCCAGGUUAAUAACAUGGAGAUGGCCCCAGGUGGGGUCAUUACCUCUGACAUGAUUGAGAUGAUAUUUUCGAAUAGCCCAGAGCAACAACUUUCUGCAACACAGAAAUUCAGGAAACUACUUUCAAAGGAACCUAAUCCUCCUAUUGAUGAAGUCAUCAACACACCAGGAGUAGUGGCCAGGUUUGUGGAGUUCCUCAAACGAAAAGAAAAUUGUACACUGCAGUUUGAAUCAGCUUGGGUCCUGACAAAUAUUGCUUCAGGAAAUUCUCUUCAGACCCGGAUUGUGAUUCAGGCAGGAGCGGUGCCUAUCUUCAUCGAGUUGCUUAGCUCAGAGUUUGAAGAUGUCCAGGAACAGGCAGUCUGGGCCCUUGGCAACAUUGCUGGAGAUAGUACCAUGUGCAGAGAUUAUGUCUUAGACUGCAAUAUCCUCCCGCCUCUUCUGCAGUUAUUUUCAAAGCAAAACCGCUUGACCAUGACUCGGAAUGCAGUAUGGGCUUUAUCUAAUCUCUGUAGAGGGAAGAGUCCACCUCCAGAAUUUGCUAAGGUUUCUCCCUGUCUUAAUGUCCUUUCUUGGCUGCUGUUUGUCAGUGACACUGACGUGCUGGCCGAUGCCUGUUGGGCCCUCUCAUACCUGUCAGACGGACCCAAUGAUAAAAUUCAAGCAGUCAUCGAUGCAGGAGUAUGUAGGAGACUUGUGGAGCUUCUGAUGCAUAAUGAUUAUAAAGUGGUGUCUCCUGCUUUGCGGGCUGUGGGAAACAUUGUCACAGGGGAUGAUAUUCAGACACAGGUAAUUUUGAAUUGCUCAGCUCUUCAGAGUUUAUUGCACUUACUGAGUAGCCCCAAGGAAUCUAUCAAAAAGGAAGCCUGUUGGACAAUAUCUAAUAUUACAGCCGGAAAUAGGGCACAGAUCCAGACUGUGAUAGAUGCUAACAUGUUCCCAGCUCUCAUUAGUAUAUUGCAAACCGCUGAAUUCCGAACAAGAAAAGAAGCUGCUUGGGCCAUCACAAAUGCAACUUCUGGAGGGUCAGCUGAGCAGAUCAAGUACCUAGUAGAACUUGGUUGUAUCAAGCCACUCUGUGAUCUCCUCACUGUCAUGGACUCAAAGAUUGUACAGGUUGCCCUCAAUGGCUUGGAAAACAUCCUGAGGCUUGGAGAACAAGAAGCCAAAAGGAAUGGCUCAGGCAUUAACCCUUACUGUGCUUUGAUUGAAGAAGCAUAUGGUCUGGAUAAAAUAGAGUUCUUGCAGAGUCAUGAAAACCAGGAGAUCUAUCAAAAGGCCUUUGAUCUUAUUGAGCAUUACUUUGGGACCGAAGAUGAAGACAGCAGCAUCACUCCCCAGGUUGACCUUAGCCAGCAGCAGUACAUCUUCCAGCAGUGUGAGGCUCCUAUGGAAGGUUUCCAGCUUUGAAGCAAUCCUCUGCUUUCUUGUUCCUGUGUCAGACCAGGCUACCCAGUCAAGUCCUCUUGUGGAGCCCACAGUCCUCAUGGAGCUAAUUUCUCAAAUGUUUUCCAUAAUACUGUUUGCGCUCAUUUGCUUGCCUUGCGCACCUGCUCUCUUACACACAUCUGGAAAACCUCUGGCUCUCUGUGGUGGAAUACCCUUUUAUUACAAGGGUAACCAGAACGGCCCACUCUCUUAUGGAAAAAUCCCUAAGCUUUGGAGAUCCGCACUUAUAUUAGAGUCAUGGGAAUAUAUACACGUAUAUUUGUGGCUCCCUUUUUUGUGGGGGAAAAAAGAGGACUCUUCCCUCAUUCCGUAAAGUGGGGAAAAUGACAUUAAAAGAUAAAACUAAAACCUUUAUCUUGAAUUUUACACAACUGCUUGGACAAGGGAGAUACUUAGACUUGUGUAUACAUCAGAGUACUCUUCUCGAGUUCUUCCACAGUGAACCAACCCUUGGAGUACCUGGUGGCUUUUUCUAGCCAAAUUUGCAUUAAUCCUUAUUGAGAUGGGAUGGUUUUCUUUCCUCUAAUGGAGUCAUUCUUCAGAUAUUAAAGUUAAACCAUCCCUCCCUCACCUUCAGCCUUCAGUGAAUGUGCUUCUAGUUGUCAGGAAUGCUGAAGAAUUAACACUCUGACUUUUAAAUGUGAUACUGACUUGGCAGAUUCCCUUAAAGCAGAAAGGAGAGGAGCACAGAUUAAUGUGUAUGGCUUCUCUUUGGUUUUAUGUCUCUUAGGAUUUGGAAGUAGUUGAGUUUUAACACUGGUAUGAAGAUAAAAGUCCUUAGUGAAACCAUGUUCUAAAAUUCGAUUAAAGAGUCAGAAGAACACAGAACCCAUCACUUUUUCUAAACCAGUGUGACUAGAGGCUGUGUUUCUGCAUUAAAAAAAGAUACUCAGGCUUUGUGGUCCUGAUCAAGGUCCUGGUAAUUGGAGUUCACCCUAGGUGCUUUUCCUCUAUGUGACUGGCAGAUAACACAGAUUUAAAUGUUACUUAGGGACUUUUUUCCUUAGUCAAGUGCAGCUCGAUUCUAAUGCAUUCAUGCUGCAUACAUGAUCCUGCAGUGCAGCAACCUUACCUUUAAAAGCGUAGCAAUCUCCUCAAUAUGACCUCUAGACUAAAAGGGCAGUGAUCUUUUUCUAAUAACCUCAGUGUUCCCUGGUUUUAUUUCAUCUCCUACUAUAAGUACCCUACCUCCCCAAGUAAAAACAGUGCCCACCUUCUGCUUAUUUAAUGAUGACUGUAAUGUACCUGCAAAUGGCGCUUCCAGUACUGUGUUCACUGAUCCACAUUUGUGCUUGGACUAGAAGGGGGAAAAAAAAAAAACCAACAAAGAAAGCUUAAUUGCCAAGAGAACUGCAAAUGAAUUUAAUGCGACUUCUCGGUGCUAGUUGGCCAUUUUGGCUCAAUGUUGGGACACACUAUCAGAGAAGAGCUUUCCUUGAUGAUGUUCUGUUCAAAAAUGAAUUCUGAAGGAAAAGUUGCUCACGUCUGUUUCAGAGCAUACCCUUUUAAAUCUCUUUAGACUACUCUUCUAGAAUUCAUUGUAACCCCAAAGUAUAAAAGCUAGCUGGGAGUUGCCCCUGACAAGCUAUUGCACAUCUCUGGUGAAUCCUGCUGAAUGUAAGGGAUAUUUAGAACUUCCAUACCUCAUCAUGAUGUUAUUUAAGCAGCCAAUUUACAUGACCCUAUUUACUUUGAAAAAUUCAUUUCAUUCAAACUAGAAAGUUCCAGAGUCAAAGGACAUUUAUCAGCUAAGAGUGUGUGUGAUGCAUUCUUGCCCUAGUCUUUAAAUGUGUCUGUGCUCUGGGAUGGAUAUCUUCUGAUGUCUGUCACUGAUGGAGCAGGCACUACAAAACUAGUCAACUCCCAUCUGUCCUGUUGUUUUCUAGUGCUGCUUUGUGCUGAGAGAACAUGUUAGUUUACUGAACUUGACCUAUACAAGACUGAUUCUUUGUAAUUUUAGGGAUAAAUUAGGUGGUUAAUUUAAAGAUGAACUUUCAAUGUUGCCUUUACAUCACAUUAAAAUAUCACUUCUUUCAGAAGGGUAAUAGAAGCACUGAUUCAUAGUAAAAAUCUUGUUUUUAGCUUUGGCUUUUUCAUGGCUGAUUGUUUUUUAUUGUAAAUUACUGGUAAUGUUAUUUCUGUAGAAUGUUUUAAAUUAUGUACCUUCUAUUGGAUAGUUAAAAUCUUUGCAUCUUAUAAACGAGUUUGGAUGAAGAGAGAUACAAAGCACACAGAGUUGUCACCCUACCUUACCAAGGGCAUACAGCUGGAACUUUUGUAGCAAUUUUAGGGUUACCCAGUGACGUCAGGUCCAGUAGCCGGUGCAAUCUGUUUUAUCUAAAACAGAAGAUUUAUCUUCAGCUUGACCCAAGAAGUCCAUGAACCUUAAAUAUCCUGAACUUUGUUUUUAUAGUAAAAUGAUUAAAUGUAAAGAUUGGAGUUGGCUAAAGUUAACCCUGCAAAUUCAGACGUUCUGGAAGCGAGUCCUUAAGGAGCAGACUGUUGUUCUUAAUACAAGUGGAAUGUUGAGGGUGCUUGUAAAUCCUAUUUUUAGUUCAUCUGCCAGAGUCUGGUGAUCUAGUUUAAUCUUUUGAUAUUUUUAUCAGAAAGGUGUCACUAGAGCAGCAUGUUAGUAUCUACAGCACAACAAGCUCUAGGGUUUAGACAGCGAUCGGGCAAAGUGGCUUUGUUCGCUUUAUCUUUCCCUGUCUUCCCUCAGACUUCUGUACUGAGAACUUUGGUCUUCAAACAAUGGCAUUCAGAGAAUUUGAGAUGUAAAGGUAUUGGGCACCUGAAGGGCCAACAGGUAAAUAUGAUUGGGUGGAGAAAUAACCCAGAAAGUACAGAUGCCGAAUAUAAGGAAAAGGAUUUUAGAGACACAGUUCUCUAUGGAACACUACUUCAUCCUUGUCACCAGUCAGAGCCGCUUUUCUGAUGCCCUCAUCAGUCGUCCCUGCUGGAAACUGUUGCACUAGGGUGGUUCUUCCGUGUACCAGACAAAGCUAGUGGACUAUGGGUGUUUUUCAGCCUUACUGUCCCAUAAUAAAUCUGAAUUAUUCCAGUUGCUGCUGAUUAUGCCUAAGAAAACAUAUGUAAGUAUAACUUGUCAACCAAACUCUCUGUUGUACAUGACUACCUACCGGCAACUUUGAUUUCUGUAGUGCGAAAUAAACAUUUCAGCUGUCUGACCCCAGAUGUGGGGCCACAUUGUAAAACAGGUUUGCCUUGGGUUUCUUUGGGAUUUAUUUCAUCUCUGAUUAAUUUUGUGAAAAUUGUCACACCAAUAAGCAAACCAUUUUAGGUGUAUUUAGAGGCUAAAGCUUUUGACUUACAUUGGAAAUUCUCAGUAAUGUACAGUUUAAAAAAAAACUUUUUGAGAGGGGUAUUGCUUCCUUUCAGGAUACAUAUCUGUGUGCUACAUCCUACAUUCAGGAUACAUACCUGUGUGCUGCUUACUACAUUCCAAAAUUUGCUUAUUUGCAGUUUCAUUUGACAUCUCAAAUCAGUAGAGCCGUUUCCCUCUGUUUGAAGCAAACAAAUUAUCUAUCUGCAUAGUUGGGAAAUAUUUUGACUUACCUUUUCCCAUCAUCCAAAAAUAUUUAAAAGUAAUUUGGGAUUAGGUGUGACUAAGUGUACUAUGUUGGCUAUAAUGUAAAUAAUACUCUAUAAUCUUUAUUGUUAGGAAAGUUAUAAGAAUGAGUACUAAGACAUUAGGAUAAUGUUUAAUAAAAUAGAUAUUUAACUUUU